GAUCUCGGCAUCGAUGAAGGCCACCAUGCUCACUGGUGGAGCUGGUCUUUUCGCCUCAGCCGUCCAGAACACUCUGACUAGACAGAACGUCGGCCCGAUGGGCGUGUUCGUGCGGACUGGUGGCACUGUCGGUAUCUUCGCCGCAAUGGGAGGUACCUACGCAUUCGUGAAGACCGCAUCCGCCAACCUUCGUGAGAAGGAAGACCACUGGAACGUCGCUCUGGGAGGCUUCUUCUCCGGUUCGAUCCUGGGUCUCCGAGCUCGCACAUUCCCGGCCCUUCUGGGCUACGGCGUCGCUCUGGCCACCCUCACGGGCGCUUUCGAAUACACCGGUGGAUCGUUGUUCGGCCAGAAGAGAAACCCCGAUGUCGAUGAGUUUGAGCGCCGCGAGAGGAUCCGGACGACAUACAGAAUCCCCGCGGAGCAGACCUUUGCUGAGUUGGGAGAGGGCCGAGGUAUCUACGCUCCCGGAUACGCCGAGAGACGGGCCGAGAGGAUCAAGGAGGCGUACGGUAUUGAGGUUCCCACAUCGGCUCCUGCAUCAUGAACCUGGUUUUGUUAGAUAUCUCCUGCGCAGUCCCUAAAUUCUCAGUCUCGUUGUGUAAAACUAUCACAUUAUUUCGACGCCGUUCAGCUAGCCGAUGUGGCCCGACCAUCAAUGAAUUUUCCAUUCCCGUUUUUACUCAUGUGUCAGCGAUACCUUCUGAGAAGUAUAUGGACCCCGCUAGAGACAUGAGCGACCGAGUUAUGUUGCCGAAAAUAGAUAUGGCGAUUUUACUGGAUAUUUCCAAUGCACGGCAUAGUGAGCUGUCCGCAUGGUCGGUCACAGGAUAUUGACUACAACAUAGUCAAGCUGCGAGGGGCAGUUGUAGCAUAGCAGCGGUAGAUCAGCUGCUAGGUACCUCCGCUAGCUGUCUAGCAAGGAAUGGACAGGUUGAGGUCACUGCA